AUGGAUCUUCAGCAGUAUUGUCUGCGGUGGACACAUCACCACACUAAUCUUCAAGUCAUGUUUUAUCAGCUUCUUGAGAGAGGUUAUUUUUGUGAUGUUACACUAGCCUGUGAGGGACAAACUAUUCGGGCUCACCGAGUAGUGCUGUGUGCUUGUAGUACUUAUUUUGCAAAUCUACUUACUAAUGUCAACAUCGAGAAGGAUCCAAUCAUUAUAAUGCGAGAAGAAAAAUUCAAAGAAGUUAAAUGUUUGAUAGAAUUUAUGUACAAAGGCGAAAUUUACGUUGAACAAAGUGCAAUAGCCGCUUUGCUGCAAACCGCGGCGUCAUUGGGCAUAAAGGGUUUAACUGAAGUUUCUCGGCAAAAUGACUACUAUCGAGCAAACAAUUUGAAUCAAGAUACCAUUAAGAGCCAUGAUUCAUGUCUAAGCGGCGGAAACGAUCCUGAUAUGCAUGUAACUGAGCACGACUCAAAUGUUUAUGCCUACGAAACUGAUAAUGAUGAUAUUUCUUCCCAUAACACCACUGAAAACUAUGAUACAAACAAACCUGACCGUAAUACAAAUUCAAACUGCAAUGAGUAUAAUGAGCACUCAUUGCCUAGUCCACGCGAACUUAUUUCCCCAUCUGAUUGCAAACAGUGGAAAGACGUUGUGAAAAUGAACGAGUAUUUAGUGCACGGUAAAAGACCACAAUUUUGGGAAGAGUCCUUUACCAAACGUAUCUUACACGGAAUCAAGAACAAGGAAAUUGAAAUGAAACAUGCCGCCAAAAUAUUGGGUGUAUCGUAUGGAACAUUAUAUGGCAGAUAUCGAGAAACAUACGGGUCCUUGAAACAUGCGUACAGGUAUCUUUUCCUCGCAAUCCGCGUGAUCUAG